UUUUGGCUGCGUUCUCCCGUCAUAGCAAGGGGAGAUCAGCUGUAAACACAAGAACGGCCGAGGGGAACAAACUCCAAAUUUCCUUCCAAAAAUCCCCACCAGGACAAAUGACUACUCCAAAUUCUAAUGCAAUAUAGACGUGGGGAAGUCCUAGCGGCGAUUGGAGUGGAGAAAAGUGCGAUUUUAGCGUGAGAAGAAGCGGUUUUUAGAAACAAGUUGUAAAACAUGGCUUCAGCUGAGCCACUUCCCGAGGUGCCAUCCUUUGAAGAUCGGCCAAACCCCCCCAACAAGAGCAUGAGCCACUCGGACUUUGCCCAGGUCCUGUUUCACAACGUGGCGGACAGCUACGUCCCCGGGGUGGACAUCCCAUGUCGCUACACGCUGACCCCGCUCAUGACCCCCCGCAGCAGGGACUGGGUCGGACUCUUCAAGAUUGGCUGGAGCUCACCGCGAAACUAUACCACCUUUGCAUGGUCGCCCUUACCAGCAGAGACUGAAGAAGGGAAGGACAGAGAGAAUUGUGUGGUUUUCAAAGCCUACUACCUGCCCAAUGAUGAUGGAGAGUUCUACCAGUUCUGCUAUGUCACCAGUAGUGGGGAGGUACGAGGGGCCAGCACGCCAUUCCAGUUCAAGCCUCGGAGGAGUAUAGAUUAUGUGGAGGUCCCUGAUGAAACAGGAGAGAUGCUUGUGAUCAAGGAACGUACAACUGUCCUGGAGGAAAACCUGCAGAAGGCCCUGGCGGACAAAGAAGCCCUGCUGAACGACAAGGAAACCUUUGAAGAGAAGGUGCACAGCCUGCAGCGCAACAUCCAGGAGCUAGAGGGCACUCUUGCUGAGGAAUCAGACAAGAGAGAGACUCUGGAGAAUGAGUAUAAGGAAUGCCAGGAACAGCUGGCAUCAGAGCAGCAGCUCAGCCAGGAACACAAGCAGUCUGCAGACAAGGCCAACAACGAGCUGGGCCUGAUGCGCGUCAUGCUGGAAGACGUGAACCGCAAGCUCGUGGAGAAGGCCACGGAGAUCGAGAAACUGCGCUCGGAGAUCCGCGCGGUCAGGGUGGAGAGAGACCAGAUGGGUGUGAAGCUGAGGAACGAACAGGAAGAAAAGGAACUCUUCAAGAGCCACUUCACAGCCUCCGAGCUGGAGAACAAGGAGCGCAGCCGUGAGAUCCGUGAGCUGAAGAACCUGGUGAGGGAGAAGGAGUUCUCCAUCGAGAAGUUCAAGUUGGAGAUCACCAAGCUGAACCAGAACAUCAAGGAAGGCAGCAAGAAACUCCAGCGACAGGAGUCCAUCAGUCAGGCAGACAAGGAGCACAUGAAGGGGCUGGAGGAGCGCGUGAGAAACACGGAGGACAAGCUUGCCGCAGCAGAACAGUCUAAACUCCUGCUGGCGGAGGAGCUGUCCACGGUGUCGGACGUACGCCACAAGGUGCACUCUGACCUGGAGACAGCUGUCCUGCAGGUGGACACCUUAAAGAUGCGGCUGAAGAAGGCUGAGGAGUCCUACGCUAAGAAGGAGAAAGAUCUGCUGGAUGAGAUGAGUGUGCUGAGGGGAGGCCUGGAUGAAAUUCUCCAGGACAAGGACAAAAUUGAAGCUGAACUUAAGAAGUUCAAGGAAGAAGUUGCUACCACCUCGGAGUCCACACAAACAUCUGAAGGAAAACCGAAGGCCGCUAAGGAGGACCAAGCGUUGUUCUUCCUUGAGACAGCCCACCAUAACCUUGAGGAAAGGUACAAGGACCUUCAGAAGGAGUAUGAACAGCUGCAGAGAGAGAAACUACAGAUAGAGAGAGAGAAGGAAUCCUUGGUACAGUCGGAAGAUGACUUGAAGCACCAGGUCGAUGACCUUAAGGUCAGACUUGAGAUGGGGGCAGAGGCGUACAGAGAGAAGUACAGGGAGUGCCACAAACUGGAGAAAUCCAUCAAGAAACUCAGCGGAGGCAAGGUGAAACGUGAACGGUCCAACUCUACUGAGCCAACCAUAAAGGUCACAAAGGAGGAGUGUACAGAAGAGGUCACCAAGGAAACCAAGGAGGAAGGAACAACGGCCGAACCCAAGGAGACACGGGUGGAAGAAACGGUCAGCGUCGGCCAAUCAGAUCCGGGCACGGAAGAGGCGGAGAAGUCGUCUCCGGAGUUCGACAUGACAGAACUGCAGACACAGCUUACGGACCUGCAUCACGAGCUGCAGAACCGUUAUGUCAAAGUUCGGAAGUACAAGCAGCUCUACAUGGAAGAGAGACAGCGUAACUUAGACCUGGUCCAGGAACAGCAGGAGAAAGUCACGACCUUGGAGAGACAGCUGGAGGAGGAGCGUCGCCAGCGGCAGGAGGAGAAGUCUGCGUACGACGCCAACAUCCAGAGAUGGUCGCAGAAGCUGGACCACCUGCGGGAGAGGAUCAGGUGCCAGACAGAACAUGUGGAGGACAUGAAGUCCUACAGGAGAUCGCUGGAGGAUCGUGUAGAAGAGCUGCAGAGCCAAGUGGAGGAGUACAAACAGUACAAGGAUGCCUGGGAAGAUCCCAUUCUGGACGGGGAGGAGACAGAGCCCCUCCUGCCUGCCUCCUCACCCAGGCCUGAGGAUGACGACACCUCCGAGGACCCGCCACCCCCUGCAGAUUUCCCCCCCUUGAGAUAUCCCAACCCGUACCUGAGUCAGAGUGUGCAGGAGAGUCUGGAGUACCCCCACCCCUCCCCGGUGUACCCUAAGACGUGUGCGGAGUACCCCCAGUACCCCGAGCCGGCCCCCCCUCCCGCCGAGGCCGUCCCCAUCCCCGUGUUCAGACAGUACAAGGGAACACUGUGGACAGAGAAGGGCACGGACAGUGCAGAGGGAUGGACACUGGUACAGAAGCCAGCUUCACGGGACUACUCCGAGUUCAGCACCCCUCCCUCUUCCCCUGAACCCUCCAUUGACCCCACCCCUCCCCUCACCCCUCUCCCCCCGCCCCUCAUGCCCACCCCCACGGCUGAAGCCAAGCUGGCGGCCAUCAAAGCUGUCAACAUGUCCUGCAGCUCCAGCAGCAACAGUUCAAAUGGCUCCUGUGAGGACCUGACCAAUCAGGAGCCCAGAAGCUUGGAUGACAUGGCCAAUGGGAACACAGAGCCUGAGGCAACAGCCAAUGAGACGGAAGCUGCACGGGUGGCUUCUCCAAUCCAGCAGGAGCCAGAGGAUGAAUGUGAGGAGAGGUGGAUGUUGGCACAGGGAGAGCAGGAGGAGGAGGAGGAGGGAGAGAAUGCUGUAGCCAGGACACAGAGCUCCAUUCCUGAAUCUGACAGUCAUGACGAUGAGUAUGGCCCCCGUACCAACAUCGCGGACUACCCACAAUGCCCUGUGUGCGAGGUGUACUUCCCCCCAGGAUGUAAUACGGACACCUACGAUCUUCAUGUGCAGAGCCACUACGGCCGCACCUGUCCCAUGUGCAACAACUUCUUCGACGACAACACUACUGAGUCUGCAUUCAUCGACCAUGUCCAGUCCCACUUCGACCAUGAGGGGUAAACCUUCAGUCUCCAAAUCAGAGCGGUCCAGAAAAUUUCUCCCCUUCGAACCUUUGUAGCCGUAUCAGAGAGUCUGAUACUAGAUGCCAUGCUGGAAAACUUCCCUGUCUAUAUACAGUCUACUUGUAGAAGAAAAUGGUAUUGAAGAACACAUGAAAUAUUACGUAUAUUGAAUGACAUGCGCUUCAAUUUUGGCGACACUUCUUGAUUAAGCAAACUUAGGUGAACUGUUAGCAACUUAAAUCUUAACACGUUUUUCUGUCACUUUUAUACAGCUUGUAUUUUGUCACAUUUGAAUCAGUUUCCAUUCUUUUGUGUGAACUACACUCACACACCUAUAAUAAAUGUUAAGAUGACUCUGUUAUUACAAGACAUAUAUUUCCUAAGUUUCAAUGAAUUUCGUAUACUUCUAGAUGGAACAAAAAGUUUAACCAAACUUUCCACAGUCAGGCUAGAAGUCUGUAUUAUGAUACAUUUGCAAGCAAUACAGUAUAGGGUUAAGAAUGUGGCUUGUUGUGCUUUUACAAUACGUGUCUGACAACUUGUUCAAAGACUUGUGGUAUAAAUGACGUAACCAAUCACUAUACAGCCACAACACAGUCUUUUUUUGUAUAGGACAGAUUUGUUUAUUCCCAUCAAUAUAGCCUCACAAAUAACUUUGAUGUAAAUACUGUGUCAUUAAUUAGUAUACCAUUAUGUCAUGAAUUAUUAUUAUAUUGUAUCGCUGAAAUAAGGAAGACAAUGCACGUGUAACUUCUGUGAUAAAAAAAGCAGUCUUAAGUAAUCUACAAUGAAUUAUAAUCAGAAAUGACUGAUUUGUAUGAAAUGUGCCCAUAAACCCACUUCACAUUACUUUGAGACAAAUAUACAUAACUGCUGGACAGCAGUAGUUUUUGUUUUCCACAGUGAUUAGCCAAGUACCUAACAACUGCUGUGUGUUGGUGGUGGUUAAUUUGUCAGUGAUUUUGUUUAUUAUAUGCAUAAUACUAUGCAGUAGAAGUCUCCACAUUGCACUCUUUAAACUUAAUAACAAUGCCUUGUUAAGGCAUUAAAGGCAAGAAUGUAGCUUCUUCUUAUAGUUGAAGAAAUGUAUGCUUGUUUACCCUUAAACUAUUCAAUUGUACACAUUUGUCAUUAAACAUGGUAAAAACUGACAUGUUGACAAUAGAAAAGUUAAAAACACGAUGACAAAAGAUUUGAAGCAAUGAGGAAAGGGUAUAUUUUGUGGAUGCGAAAAAAAAGAUAUUUCAAUCCAGAUGAAGUUGUGAACAUGGUGUGAAAAAAGAAAGCCUGUGAAAGUUACAUGUGUAACUUUGUAAUCAUCAGCUAUUUCAAUACACUCAUCUGUCCAUGUAAGAUACAUGUAAUUCUUGUUAAUAAAUAUCCUACAUUGA